AUGUUUGACCCCCCCGCUCUCCGCGUUCCGUUCCCCCUGCCACAUCGAAUCUACAUUCUCCCCCUCGCAAUCCACUUCUUCUUUUUUUGCUCAAUCGCCGUCUCCUCUCUCGCUCCAACUAUCCGGUUCCCCCUCAAAGCCCCUCAAUCGCACAGUCAGAGUCACUUCCGCUUCUCUCCUUCCCUCCAGCUCCCUCCUUCCGCAUCGCCCUUCUCACGCACGCUCCGUCUCACCGUGAAUUUCGCCUCCCCCCGCGGUGGUUGCGAACAACACAUCGAGGUGCUAAGCCUCCACGGAAAGCCUCGGUUCGGGAUCCACGCCCGACGCAAUUACGCCAAAUCCACCUACCUCCAUGGGAGCUCUCACAUCGGUAGAGUCAUCAAUCCACAGUCUCACCCCCUCUUUCCAACCCCUCCCCCACAUGCGGCAAAUACCAUCAAGGCGCCCAAAUCUCGACACUCGGGCACACUCACGUCCUCUCGGUCUCCUCGUUUCAACCAGUCCCCCUCGUCCUCGUGCACUCCCCCCUCUCGUAACGACCUCUCCAAAUUUCGCUCGCUAAUAACACGAUACCUCAUAAACCAUCCAAUCCCCCCAGCUUCCAGGUGCCCUCACAAAGACGAUCGGGCCGCCAACCUCGUCUCUCGCAGAAUCCAGAAACCCCUGAUCUAG